AUGUCUCAAUCGCAUCCACACAAAACCCCUUCCAUCGCAACCACGUCAUCCUUCCCCCAGCCGCAUCCUCAACCUCCUCAACCUCCUCGCCCUCAACCUCCCCAAAACCCCUCCACCCUAAUCUACCCCCUCUUCAUCUUCCUCUUCGAAACCGAGCAAUUUUUGCUAAAAGCACUCCGGAGUUACCGCCUGGGUACAGGUAAUUUGGAUCCCCUAGCCCACGAAAAGCUCGAUUCCGCCUUUACCAAGUUCAAAGGAUGGGCAACAAGCAACGUCGACCACCUCAAGUGCCUGGCUGAGGAUAUAGAGAACAGCAGCGAGUCGGGGAUGCACCAGCCGAGGAAUUACAAGGCUUACCAGAUGCUGUUUUGGCGGUUUAAAGGGUUGUGA